AACCAUGGAUGGCAAAGAAGCAUAUAGAUCGUGGAAUGAUAUUGAUUUCGGCGAGGAGAUCGUUAUAUCUGGUAUUGCUGGCAGAUUUCCUGGUUCAGAUAACAUGAAUCAUUUACGAGAAAAUUUAUUCAAUAAAAUUGAUCUCGUUAAAGCAGAUCAUGGCAGAUGGGAAAAUGAGUAUCCAGACUUAUCAACGCGUAUGGGAAUAAUUAACAAUUUGGAAAAAUUUGAUGCGGAUUUCUUUGGAUUAUCUUUCAAGCAAGCACACGUACUUAUGCCCGAAGGGAGAAUGUUACUGGAACAUUCUUAUGAAGCAAUUAUCGAUGCAAGAAUUAAUCCAAAGCAAUUACGAGGAAAAAAUACUACUGUGAUCAUAGGCACAUCUUAUAUUGAAACACAAGAGAAAUUUCUAUAUGAGAAUUAUCAGUUAAAACAAAAUUAUUGA